AUGGGAAAGUUGUUUCUAAUGACUUUUUUCCUAUUUUUCUGUGUGUCGUCAUCCAAAGAACAGGUGACUGCCAUACAAAAACUGACUCCCCUGGAAGAGUUAACAAAGAACAAUGAGGUGACUUUCCCUUUAGCUGGAGAAUGGAAGUCGCACACCCAUUUCUCGUUCCUCCAGCAGAAGAGCGGGAUGCUUCGCGUGUACUCUCCACGUGUUUUGAAUAACACAGACAACGUUACUAUAUUUGAAUGUCAUAUCCAAAUGACUGAUGGAAAUUUUGGGCAAGACGAAGUGGUCGACUUCACCUCCUUCUUCUACGCAUCGGUGAACCAGAAUAUGACGUUUGUCAAUUUCGACGGAUUUUUGGCUUCAAAGCUUCUUACACAAAUCCCCGUCAGAGUGUUACGCCGCAGUGCAAUGUUUUUCAACAUGACACACUUGGAGCACUUACCAAAGAUCUUUGUGCAACUCCCAAACACUCUUACAGAGAAUUUCACGUUGACUGGAAACGUUACAAUUGAUGGCAAACUAUUGGAAUUCACGUUGCACGCUUUGAACAAGCAGAAACUUGAGGGUUUAGCAUUGCCAUAUCUGGGGUUGGUUCUUGCUUUGGCACUGAUACAAAGUUUCUCGUUGGUGAGUCAGAUGGAUUUAACUAAGACGGAAAGUAGCUUGAAACGGUCGUCGUAUAACACCAUUGUACUCAUGGCAACAUCAGAUGCGUUUAUAUGUCAUAUCCACGUCUAUUUAGCUUCAUUGUUUACUACGGGAUCUGUAGCGUUCAGACUUUCUAUAUUACUUUCAUUCCUCUUUUUCAUGAUCUUCAGUGUAUUUGAUGUGAAAUUUAUAUUCAACAUUUGGAAAUCACAAUAUGGGAGUGUUUCUCAACGCUCGGCGAUGCUCCUCUACUUGCGCUUAUAUGCCACAUUAUUUGUGUUAUUCAUUCUCUCAGUGUUUUCUAUACACUACUUCCUCUUUGUGUGCUUCUCGCUGUGGAUUCCACAGAUCUAUCAGAACUUUGUUUCAAAUAACUCGAGUGUGGUGACGGUUCGAUACAUGGCCUCAACGACUCUCCCACGCUUUGCUCUUGUUUUGUAUUGGUUUGCAUUUCCAUACAAUUUUAUGAACUACCGUGUCGACGCCACGUUAAUUGGUUAUUUACUUCUUAUCGUAUUACUCCAGAUCGUUAUGGUAGUGGCUCAGAAGAGGUUUGGCGCGCGUUGCAUUCUUCCGAAGUUCAUUCACCGAUUUUUGGUGAGUGAAGAUUACAAUUAUCACAGAGGUUGGAGUGAUAUCGUGAAGAUGCGAGGAGACUUGGAGUGUUUGAUUUGUAUGAUGAACAUUGACAACACUCACAUGGAAGAAGGGUGUGCCGAGAUAGUUGUAACACCGUGUGACCAUGUUUUUCAUACAGAGUGCUUAUCGAGUUGGAAUGAUUACAAAAUGGAUUGCCCGACUUGUAGAAGACCUCUCGAUGGGGUCUUCUAA